AUGGAGCCAGUCCCUCGACCCACGCCCCGCCGCCGCCUGCAAGCGUUUGUCGCCCCGCAGGGCAGCCGCACUCGGCGCCCAGCCCAGCGCCUCCCGGCCGCCGAAUCCUCCUCCUCCUCCGCCGCCGUCGCCGCGCCCGCCGUCGCUUCGGCCGGCGCCUCCGGCUUCUCCAUGGCGUCGCUGCCGUCCGACAUGCUCGCCGCGAUCCUGGAGCGGUGCUCGCCGCGCGAGGGCGCGCGGCUGAUGCGGGUCUCGUGGGGGAUGCGGGCGGCGGCGGGCGACGCCGCGCUCUGGCGCCGCCACUGCCUCGACCUCUGGCCUGAGGACGACUUUGCGAGCGGCCCGCCGAGCCCGGGGCGGUACGGCGUGCGCGUCAACCUGCUCCGCGGCUGCACCCUCUGCUCGACGCGACUCGACCGCUCCCGCCGCGACUCUGCGCGCGCUCUCGUCCUCUCGCUCGGCGGCGAGUGGGACGACUCCCUCACCACCGGCACGACGCACCUGGUCUGCGGCGCGGGCUACACGCCAAAGGCGAUCCGGGCGCACCGCGCGCGCAUCCCCGCCGUCACGCCCGACUGGCUGACCGCGUGCGUGCGCGAGGCGAAGCGGCCCUGUCCAGCCGCCUUCCGGGUGCCGCCUCUCGCGGGCGCGACGCUGACGACGAGCGGGCUGUCGCCCGCCGACCGGGAGGCGGUGCGGCGGCGGGUCAUCGCCCUCGGCGGCAGCUUCGAUUGCGCGCUGCGCGCCUCGGGCCCCGGCCGGCCCGGCACCACGCACCUGCUCGCCCUCUCGGCGCGGCUGUGCGGGCCAGACAAGCUGCGCGCGGCGCUGCGCUGGGCCAUCCCGGUGGUGCACCCGCGCUGGCUCGAGGCGCUCGAGGGGGGAGGGCCGUGCGUCGAGCCGGACCGCUUCCGCCUGCUCAGCACCUGGCUGCCGACCAGCCUGAGCACGGGGACCGCGUCGGGCUAG